CCGAUUCAAUGUCUCGCUCGUUUGAUAAGAAUAAAUGCCUACAUUCUAUAAGUUAAUACAAAAAAAAAACUCCUCUCAUCCACCCUUUCUCAUAUACGUUAUUUUAUUCUCCUUUUUAAUCCUAUAUUCAAAAUGAAACUCAUUCCCUCCAUCUUCUUAGGUCUGAGCCCUCUUCUUCCAUCGACAUAUGCAUGGGGAACAUUAGGUCAUCAAACCGUAGCAUACGUAGCUACGAAUUUCGUAGCAGAUGAAACGAGAGAUUAUUUUCAAACGCUGCUGAAAAAUACAACGGAGAGUUAUUUGGCAGGAGUAGCGACGUGGGCUGAUAGCUUCAGAUAUACCAAGGCGGGGAAACAUACAGGCGCUUGGCAUUUUAUUGAUGCCCUGGAUGAUGUACCUAGGUCUUGCGGGGUUAAGUUUGCUAGGGAUUGUGGGGAGGAAGGGUGUGUGGUUGGAGCCAUUAUGAAUUUUACGAACCAAUUGCUCGACCCAGAUGCUGUGAGGUAUGACAAAUAUGUUGCUGCAAAGUUUAUCGUCCACUUUGUCGGAGACAUUCACCAGCCUCUUCAUGCCGAGAAUAUUGAUGUGGGAGGAAAUGCUAUCGCUGUAAAUUGGACUAGCAAAGCUACCAAUCUUCAUCACGUUUGGGAUUCGGCCAUCCCCGAAAAACUUGUUGGGGGCUAUUCAAUGAGUGAUGCUCAAGACUGGGCAAACGUGCUAACAUCCGCGAUUAAAUCCGGUGUAUACCAAGACCAAGCACAAUCAUGGCUUGAGGGUAUGGAUAUAAGUGAUCCAUUGACAACGGCCCUGGGCUGGGCUAGAGACUCAAAUGCUUUCAUAUGUACAACAGUCAUGCCAGAUGGAGCAGAUGCGUUACAGGGGAAGGAGUUGAGUGGUGAGUAUUAUGAAACGUCUGUGCCAGUUAUUCAACUGCAAGUUGCAAGGGCGGGCUAUAGGUUGGCGGCUUGGUUAGACAUGAUUGUUAGUGGUACCAAGACAGAGUUGUAGUAGUAUCGCUUAUGUUUUGUCCUUUCAGAACAUUAUGGGAACCUUCAGAGGGACUAGAAUGUAAUAUUGUUAAUGAGAUUGGAAUCAAUCGCUGUGAGAUGCUAAAGCAAAUAGUGAAAGAUACUGAAAAAAGGGGGCUAGAUAUACACAGAACAU